AUGGGCAACGCAUACACGAUUGACCUGCCCCGUAAGAUGCGUACGCAUCCUACGUUUUACGUCGGUCGUCUCCGCCCAUACUAUCAGUACGGGCCGGUUUCGAGAUGCGAAGAACACCUCCGCGUUCGAGAGCCGAGACCACCUUCGAUUGAUCCCGUUUCAACGAGCCAGUCUGGUCGACUAGUGAAGCGACCUGUUCACGCAUUUGAGCGAUGUCUCGACGAGCUAAAGCCAGCUCGUCACGAAGAGAACGAAUCGAACGUUCGUUCUCAAGCUGCGCGAACGCAAAAGCGGCACAAUCGUCCGAACGAUCGUGCGUUAGGAAAUUUUAAUCAUCCCUUACAAGAUCCUCAAGCUCAUAACACCAAGUCCGUUCGUGAGCCAGGUCAUCUUGCAACUGUUCCGUCACACGGUUCAGCUUUUGAACAUCAAGCGGAUCGGGCCCUCGAGCCGGAUCAGGUAUUCCCGUCGCCACCACAUCCUUUAGUGGACUCAAGCGGUGGUCAACGCUUUUUAAUGGAGCGUAUCGUGAACCAACGCGAUGUGAAUGGCGUCCGGAUGAGUUACCUCUUCCGCAGGCGUGGCUAUCCACCGGCGUGGGACAGCUGGGAGCCUCGUGCCCAGCUGAUUGUUGAUGUCCAUGGUCUCGUCGAGCACUCCGACGAGACCCACCCGCUGCGUUUGAAGAAGUGCCGUCGGAAAACGACCUCCCCGAACGCGAGUACAGAGAUUGCAAAGUUUCAAUCCCUUCGGCCAUCUCGGAAGAGAUGCGCGCCCUCCAUUAGGGAUCACUAG